AGCAAAUUCUUUUGAACGUUUUGGUCCGCCCAGUAGAUAAUUUUGACGGACGAAGUGACAAAAAUUCGGAAAUUACACAGUGGGCAGUGUUAAAAAGUAAUUUUGCUGUCUAAUUAACACUUUUUUUACUGGCAAAAUUUCAGUUAUGAAUUUUAAUACCUUGCAAACGGUGCAACGUUUUCAAAAUCUUCUACGACCAUUUAGACAGUUUGGAAAGUGUACUUCGUUAUGUCACUAUAUAAAGGGAUUUAAAUGUAAUCAAGCAAAAUUACCAGUGAUUGUCGGGAAUGCCCACAAAAGUAUCGACAAUCCAAUUAUAGAAUACCCCAAUUUCAUCAACUUAAUCGAAAAAUUAUUUGUUACGAUAAAUUCAACGGCAAAUAAUCAUCAAACUCGACAUUACGUCAUCCAGCGUAAAACCAGUUCCAAAGAAAAAACGAAAAAAGUUGCAUACGCCACCAAAACCUGCCAAAAAUUAAUUCAGUUCAAGAAGAAAACCAAACACAAAACGUUUUCGCAUUCCGUUUUUGACAAACAUGUUUUACUAUUAAAAAGAAACUCAACAUCGAAAGACAACACAGCUGUCUCAAAGAAGCCAAUGAUUCCAAACAGUCUGAAGAACCUGAUGCUGAAAAGAGUGACAAACCUUUUACUGACACCAAAUUCUUUUCAUAGGGAACACGAAUUACUUUCUGCAGCUAGACAUGAACCCUCUGUACGUUUGACGUCCUCUUGGGCUUUCACAAAAUAUACGAAAAAUAGAAGAUCGUCACUCCAAGCGCAAAAAUUAAGUAGCAAACAAGAAACUGUAGAAAAGGCUCCGAAAACAGAUCUCCAAGGGUCGGAACAGAAUAAACCCAACAGCCAACUUAUUAUUAGACAGAAUGUAGACCUAAUCCCUUUAACACAUGUAAAAGAAAUUGAAGACUCAAUACCAACUGUAAAUGCGUUAACUAAAGACGAAAUCCAAAAACAGAAAAUCACCACAAAAUCUUUGGAAACAAAUGCACCUCCAAAAGGCGAAGAGCCAGUAAGACCUUCACAAAAAAAAGUGAUUAAUAACAAAACUAGUAAACCAGUGAACUCUAAAACGUCCCAACGAUCAGGAAUCCACUCAAUGAAUCCCUACACUAGCAACGUUUCUGUAACUAAUGCGAUCAUCUCUAAAAUAAACGAAUCAAAAAAUAGGUCAGCCAACAUAAAAUUUCCCUCAAGACACAGUGCAGUUUCUUCCCCGCGCAAACUCAAUAUCGAUACACUUGUACGUAAAGAAUUUAAAAGGGAAGAAAAAUUGAGCGAUUCUGACCUAACUAAACUCAUAACUGUUUCGAACAGGAGCAAAGUCUUUGAAACCGCCAAUAAUCUAGAGGUCAAUUCCAAAGAAAUUCUCAGGAACUUUGCCAAAUCACAGUCGCAAAAAUUAGUCGAGCACAGGAGGCACCAGGACACCGAAAUUAAACAGAAUCAAUGGAAAACGUUACCAACAAGAUGUCAAUAUGUUACCGAUGCUUCAAACCAGUUUAAAACAUUCACGGAAACAAAAAAAGUUACAAAUACCUCCUUAUCGGUACUAUCAGGGGAUAAGUUGGGAAGUAACAGCAUUCUAGCCAAAGAAAAAACGAAACCUUGCUUCGGAGGAAAACAUAGCUCAACAUGGUCAAAGACACACCAGUCGAACAAAUUCACUAUCAAACAUGACUGCAAAAAAUUUAGUCUGCUACAUUGGAGACAGAAAAAGUGCGGACGUGACGAUAAACAAUCAUGCAUGAUAAAAGAUCAUUCAAGGGUUAACAAACAACAAGAACAGUCCUGUCCGAGAUGUCAAAACCCCACCCCUUGUUGUCCACCCCCAAACCCAUGCGACCUCCCCGCGCUGACCCCCAAAAAGAAAAACGAUAAAUUGUCAAGCUGGCACAACCAAAGUGGUGACGUAAUGCAAUAUGGGCUCACGCCAAAACACAAAGAAGAAGAAGCUUUAAAAGGUCGAUGUUGUCCUUCACCUGACCCAUGUUCACCUCCACCACUAACCCCUGUAAAAAAGAAAAGGUACUCCACAUCGGCUUGCAAUCCAGGAAAGACCCUUAGCAACGUUUCACCACCGUUGCCAUCACCAAAACCUGAUGAUGUUGUAGAAUUAUUGACCAUGGUCGUUCCUGUUACGAAAGGCAUUCCUUCCAGUGGAGUCCAGAAUAGAUCGUCGUCUGAGAAGUCCAAUUUAUCGAAUAGCAACACCAAAAUUCCACCUGUACCAUCACACGAAACCACAGAACUGGGAAACGACCAAUGGUUAUCCAAAUUUAAAUUUACAUUUCCUCGGAGGUUGAAGAAUAUAAGAAGCAUUUCAGCUUUAAAUUUGACAGAAGAAAGCAAUGUGAAAACGAAAAGCGAACCUACUCACCCGUUGAGGAAUCUAAUGCAAUACGGACUCGUUCCGAAAAAGAAGUCUCAGAAAAACGAAAUCAAAGACACGAAAAAUGAUCUCCUUUCUCUCGACCCUUCGAAGUCCUACAAUACGUACUUCAGAAAGAUAUUAUCGUUCGAAGAUAUAUCAACAUCAGGAAAGACACGUCCCAAAAAACGAAGAUCAUUCUUGAAAAUUCCAGCAUAUUCGAAAUCCAAUCCUGAUCUGUCUACCAUGAAAUCGAACAAUUUAAAAAAUGGUACAUCGAAGACUCCCAUCAAGGAGCUUACCAAUAUUGAUGAUGUGAUAAAGAAACUCACUACAAAACAUCCUCGAAUUUAUGAUCGAAAACUCAAUAUCGAUGGUAUCUUUGAAACCGCACGGGACGAUCCGCCUGCAAUAUCACCAGCAUUUACAGAGAAAGUUUUAAAGAGGACAGAAGUGGCUCAUCCGAUACCACAAACUAUUCCAACCAACAGGCGUCCCGUGGUUAUAAAAGCUCUUGUCGGUCAAUCCAACAAGGUUGAAAAAUCGACAGGCUCUAAUCCAUCCCUUUCCGUGACUAGCUGGAGAAGCGUAAGUGCCCCGUCACUGAAUUCGUUCAACGUAAACCUCUGCAUAUGCCGAUAUAUAAGUUCGAAACCAAAAGACAACAAUUUGAUCACUUCCAAAUCCGAAAUAAUAAUUCGAAAAGACACCCUGUGUAAAGGAGGUGACUUCGAACUGAGGGAAAAUUAUGCCUCCAACUGUAAUUGUAAUACAAAACCUCCAAACAAACCCAAACCCGAUAAGGAGAAUCAGUUUGGCCUACGACCAGCGAAGUUGACAAAAAAGGAGAGUGAUAGAUUGGGAACUUGUUCAGCGUGCACUUCACAAAAACCGAAAGAAAGAACUGAUCCUAAAUGUCGUAAUCGAACUUCAGGCUCUGUCAUACAAAUAAACAUCAAAGCUCAGAUGGAACAAUCCAAAUCAGGUAAUAUUCAUGCUGUGACCACAUGUGAAUUGGACUGUCACUAUUGUUCAAAACUUCUAAUACAAAAACCUCGCAAUUUUAAAUAA